GCUUAUAAGUAGAAUAUAGAAGUAGAUCGUACUAUGAAAUAUAAAAAUAUAGAUUACAAUCUAGAUGUGCUAUUUCAUAGAUAAAAAUUUUUAGAAUUGCAUAGAAAGAAAUUAGAAGACAUAAUAGUAGAAAAAAAGGAUUAUAAAGAAGAGUUCAAACAUAUUUAAAAUAUAGAGUAAUUCAAAAAUUUAAAACAGAGAACUAUCUAAUUCAACGAAAGAGAAAAAUAGGUUUAAAUUUAACGAGAAAAUGAUAUUCUACUUACUAAAUUGCUUGAUAUAUAAAUGAAACCUGUACCUAAACCAUAAUCAAGAUCGCUAGGAGCAGAGUAUAAUGUAAGUUCAAUAAAGCAUCAUAAAAAUUAUGUAAAAAUGAAAAAUGAAAUAAUUGGUGUGAUUUAAAAGAACGACCAAAUAGCAAAAAGAAUUAUUAAUUAACAAUCAACUAUAAAGCACUAAGAAUUUGAAAAAGAUUACGAAAAAAGCUAGUACUACAAAAAAAUAAUAACCCGUUUUAAUUCAAAUAUGCAAUCAGAAAAUACUUUAAUUAACUUAAAAGGAAGUGAAUUCCAUUUAAAUGCUUUUAGGAAGUCCUAGAAAUAUAUACAAAACUCUCCAUCCCAUUUUUAAGUCUCUCCAGUGAGAAUCCGUAGUAGUUCUCCUCAUAAAGAAAAUCAAUAAGAAAAGAGAGGGAGCUACUCACCACAAAGAUUGCAAACUGCUCAGUCUCAAAGUUCUGCCAAUUAAAAUUAAAAUGCAACAUCGAGUCAAUUUUUUAAUCCUGUUAAAACAUACAAAUAUAAUCCAAAUUCAUCUUCAAACAAAUCAGUUUUGGAAAAGUCUUAGACUUAACAGAGUUUUUUUAGGGCUACAUCUCCUAAAUCAAAAAAUAUUAGAAACGAAUUAAAUAAUUCAAACAUAGUAAUAAAAAAGGUAGUCUCUUCAAAGGUCAAUAAAAAUUUAAAUUAAAGUUGCCUUAAAGGAAGUAAAAAACAAAUAAAUAUAGAAAUACCUGCUAAAAAAGUAAUUUAGAUUUUAGAUGAACAAUCUCCAGUUAGUCCUUAUGUAGAAGUUUUAGUUAAUAAAUACCUGAUAUAGAAAGAAAUAGAGGAAAAUAAAGAUUAAAUGUAAGCACUAGUACUCAAUUAAAAGCAAAAUUAAUCUCCGAAAAGCAACUAUAAUAAAAAAUAAUCAUUCAAUUAAGACCAGUAGUAAUAGUAGUAAAUAGCUACGAUUGAAUGUUAGAAAAAUAUUAAAAAAAUAGUAGAAGAAUAAAAGAGUUAAAGAUAAAUAAUGGAGCAAAUAGUAGAAGAGCCUCCAACAGUUAAUUCAGAGCAUGAGAUUAGUUAAAAAAAUGAAGAUGAUAAAUAAAUAAGCUAAACUAGCUCAAGGAACUUGCUUAAAAAAGAAAUGGACUCCGACAGCUAACCUAACAAAAGUAAUUAGGAGAGUUAACUAACUGUAAAAACAUUCACAGAAAUAAGAACUUUUGAGAAUAAUUUAGAUGUUAACCUGGAAAAUAAUUUAGAAUAUCUUGAUCAAUAGUAGCAAUUUUAAAAUAAAAAUCAGUUAAAUAGCAAAAAUCAAAUAGACAAAUAUAAUUAAAACAAUUAAAGAUAAACAAAUUUUUCUAAUAGUUAUUAGACAGCAGAUUUCAACACCUAGAACAAAUAAAAUGAGUCUUAAUAAAAAUCAGAGUUAAGUCAAAUAACCGAUGCAGAAAAUAGCUAAAUUAUAACUAAACAUAGUGGAAUAAAAGUAAAAACUAAUAAACAAAUACAUCAUACAGCUAAGAGCGUUGGUUAUGAUGAAAAAUAAAACAGAUGGAAAAAAAAAUAAGAAAGUGAAGAAUACUAAAACCAAGAAUAGAUUGAAUACGAAGAGUUUAAUAGCUAUGGGAUAGAAGGAGAAUAGGACGAAGACGCAAAAGAAGAUCAAGAUGAAGAAGAAGAUGAAAAUGAAUACGAUGAUUGUGAUGAAGAUCUGGAAGGAAAUAACUAUGAAUAAAAUGAUGGUAAUAAUUUGUAAUCAGAUAUAGAAGAAAAUUUAAUUUAAGAUGAAGAAAAUACUUUGGUGAAAUCCGAAAAGCUGUUAAGUGAUUCUAAUAAUAAGAAAUCAAAAACAAUUUAGAGCAGCAAACCAAAUAUUUCAAGAAAAAAUUCAAGUAGUUUUCAAGUAGAUGAUCAUAAUAAUUAUAAAAUCGCUUAAAAAAACUAAAGGGUAGGUUCUCUCUCUCAAACAUCCAAAAAUUCUAAGGUAUAAAACAGCUCCGAAAUUCAAAUUAAUCAGUACAAUAACUCAUAGCCUUUACUAUAAUAAGAGUCUGACAAAAAUUUAAAAAUUUCUAAUAAAUAAUCUGAAAAAGACAUUUAAGAAGAAAUAGAAAUAGAAUGA